CCGCCUGCGACAAGAGUGUGAAAGAAGAAGCUGACAGCACCAAGGACAGAAAUGAAGAUGAGACUGACCGCUGUGAUGUUGGUGGUUCUGGUGGUCGUCCUGGCCGCAGAACAAGAGGCGCAUGCGAAAAGGCGCGGUAGGGGCGCCAGGAAGUGCAGAAGGGAGAAGAACAAGCAGUGGUGCAACAAGGAGAAAGUCGAGGACAUGAUAAAAGAUCAUCCCGCCGUGGACAAGGAGAAGAUCAAAAUGGCAGAGAAGGAUAAAGAGCAACAAUCCAGCUGUCCAGCAGGGAAAAUUGGUCUCAGAGACGAAGACGUGAGAGACGUGAACCAGAGGUCACUGACACCAUGGGUUUAUGUCACCAACCAUACCGCGGCCUCAAUCCGGAUUCCAGACACGUUUGUGGAGGCGAAGUGUCUCUGUGAUGGAUGCCUCAUCUACGGACCGGACGGCGUGUCGGUGGAGAACACAAAGGACUACGUCAACAUCCCGAUCAAGACCGGCCUGCCCAUCCUGGAGCGGUACGACUGUAGGAAGGGGAAGUGCAGGGAGAGGCAGGUGACCUACCAGGUCACGGUGGGCUGUAUGUGCGCCACUCGCAAGCGCGCUAUAAAGAUGGGUUAA